AUGGGUCUAUCAUCACUUCUUCUGCAAUUUGAGAAGAGAGGUAAAUUACCUGAAAAAUCUGUCCAGACAAAUAAUCCUCUGACUUUAAAUGUGCAAAGCAACAAUGCUUUGACAAAGUCCGGCACCGCCACUAGCACCACUAACACCAAGAACACCGGUGCCAAAAUUGCAUCAACAGAAAGAUAUGUUGACCCGGCUAUAGCCAGGCUUAAGGAGUUGCGACGGUUAGAGAGGGAAAAGCUUGAGAAACUGAAACCGACAACUCUGAGAAAAAUUAGCACCAGACCGGUAAACACUGCUCAACAACAACAACAACAACAACUGCAACGGAAUCAAGGUCGAGAAAGUCAACAAAAAACAUCAACACAGCGAUCAAAAACAAAUUCCAGUACGGUGAAAAACGCUCCCAAGAAAGUUUCUUCUUAUGAAUCAACCCCUGUAGCAAAACAGCAACCAACAAGACCGAAAAUGAGCUAUAGUGAACUUAUGAAGAAAGCAGCAACAAUUGACCAGAGCAAAUUUUCAGUAAAAUACCCCGGAAAAGAUGCUUUGACGAAAAGUACCACUAACUCUGCUUCUUCCCCUUCUGCUUCCGCUUCUGCUUCUGCGUCACGUACGUCUACACCUAUACCGCCAUCUAAGAAUGGUUUGAAACAUGAAAAAGAAAGGCGGUUCAACUCCGCUGGCUCCGCUGGCAAAAGACCUUCGACAGAUACAUACAAGGAUAGUCAAAAAGCACAAGCGAAGCAGCAAACAAGACCAAAGAAUAUUCAUUAUCAAGAGACAAUUAAAGAUUCUGCAUUACUUAAUUCUCGUGAUCUUCAUAAGCGCAUGGCUUUAGCCAAAGCAGCACCGCGACAAGCCAAUGCUAAGAUCCAAGAGAUGCUAGAAAAGAAACGUAAGAUGAGACAAGAACAUAUGAAGAACAGAAAUGUCGAAUAUGAGGAAUCUGACGAUGAACUUAGUGACUUUUUGGUGUCAGAUGAUGAAUUUGAAGAGGAAGAUGGGGAAGGUAGUAAUGGUGGUGGAUAUAAUAGAGAAGAAAUUUGGGCAAUGUUCAACAAGGGAAAGAAGCGUCAGUACGUUUACGAUGAUGACUCCGACGAUAUGGAAGCUACUGGUGCGGAAGUUUUGGAGGAAGAGCGUAGAUCCAAAAUCAAUGCAGAAAGAGAAGAUAGGUUGGAGCAAGAAAGAUUGGAAAGACUUGCUGCAUUGAAGCGUAAGAGACUUAAGCAUUAG